AUGGGUGCUUCAGGAAAAUGGGUUAAAGCUUUGAUAGGACUCAAAAAAUCUGAUAAAGACGAUCAUGAGAAAGUGGGAGGAAAGAACAAGAAAUGGAGGCUAUGGAGGAGUUCACCAGGUGAUAAUGGUGUGUCCUCGUGGAAAGGAUUCGGAAGACAUGGUGGAUCAGACGGCUCUUCUGAUUCUUCAUCAGUGAACAAUGAUGCCUUCAAUGCUGCUGUGGCGACAGUUGUAAGGGCUCCACCCAAAGAUUUCAGGAUUGUGAGGCAAGAAUGGGCUGCCAUUAGGAUCCAAACUGCAUUUCGUGGAUUCUUGGCAAGAAGAGCUUUAAGGGCCUUGAAAGGAUUGGUGAGACUUCAAGCUAUAGUUCGUGGCCGACAGGUUCGGAAGCAGGCUGCCGUUACUCUUAGGUGCAUGCAAGCUUUGGUUCGGGUACAGGCUCGGGUGAGAGCUCGUCGUGUACGUAUGUCCAUAGAGGGACAGGCUGUGCAACAGAUGCUUGAUGAACGCCACAGCAAGGCUGAUCGCUUGAAACAAGCUGAGGAAGGGUGGUGUGACAGUAGAGGAACAUUGGAAGAGGUUAAGACAAAGAUACAGAUGCGGCAAGCAGGAGCUGCUAAGAGAGAGAGAGCAUUUGCUUAUUCUCUUGCUCAAAAGUGGAAGUCGAGUCAAACUAUUCAUUCCCACACAAAUGCUUCUAAUCCCUCUCUUAAAAGUUACGAGUUUAACAAGACCAGCUGGGGAUGGAGUUGGCUAGAACGUUGGAUGGCUGCAAAGCCUUGGGAAAACAGAUUGAUGGAGCAAUCACAGACUGACCCUUUGGAAACAACCCCUCUAUCUAAGACCUGCACAGAUUCCACCAAGUGCAAUCUCUUGAGGUUGACUGAACCUAGUUCGGUGAAAGUCAGAAAGAACAAUGUCACAACGCGAAUAUCAGCGAAGCCUCCCCGAGUUGGGCAAACUACUCACUCAUCUUCAAGUCCGAGUUCCGAUUUCAGAUAUGAUGAAAGCUCGGCUUCAUCUUCAAUUUUCACAUCUACAACUCCAGUUUCUGGAAACACCAUGUUUGCACCAGAUAGAGCAGAAGAGAUCAAUAAUAGGCCAAGUUAUAUGAACAUGACAGAAGCUACCAAGGCCAAGCAGAGAAAUCAUAGAAUUCAAAGACAGUCCAUGGACGAGUUUCAGUUUCUUAAGCAUUCGGCAGUUGUUACAAAUGGGGAUUCAAAAAGCAACGCAGGUUCUGAUAAGUUCUCAAGGAAGUUGAGGGACGGAGAGAAUUGCUCAUUUCAGUAA